AUGGCCCGCACCAAGCAGACUGCCCGCAAGUCCACAGGGGGGAAAGCCCCACGCAAGCAACUGGCUACCAAAGCCGCUCGCAAAUCCGCCCCUGCGUCAGGAGGUGUCAAAAAGCCCCACCGAUACCGUCCCGGCACGGUGGCCCUUCGGGAGAUCCGUCGUUACCAGAAGUCGACGGAAUUGCUGAUCCGUAAACUACCCUUCCAGCGGCUUGUAAGGGAGAUCGCUCAAGACUUCAAGACGGAUCUCAGGUUCCAGAGCGCGGCCAUCGGGGCGCUACAGGAAGCCUCUGAGGCCUACCUCGUUGGGCUCUUUGAGGACACUAACUUGUGCGCCAUUCAUGCCAAGAGGGUCACCAUCAUGCCCAAGGACAUCCAACUGGCAAGACGCAUCCGAGGAGAAAGGGCCUAA